GAUUCAAUGGCCCAAAGGGUCUCUUCCAACCCUCUUUAUUAUUAUUAUUAUUAUUAUUAUUAUUAUUAUUAUUAUUAUUAUUAUUAUUAACAUUGAGGCUGGGAGGCCAUCUGUCAGGGUUGCUUUGCUUGUGCUUUGGGUGCACAAAGGCAGAAGGGGGCUGGACUUAGUGGCCCAAGGGUUCUCUUCCAACCCUCUUUGUUGUUGUUGUUGUUGUUGUUGUUGUUGUCGUCAUCAUCAUCAUCAUCAUCAAGGCUGUAUUUGUUCCUGUUUUGUUUGUUUUUUUACUUGAAAAUGAGGCAUAUGCAGAGUGCUUAGGAAUUUGUUCAUAGAUUUUUUUUAACUCUAGUGUGGCCCUCCAACGGUCUGAGGGACCGUGGACUGGCCCCCUGUUUAAAAAGUUUGGGGACCCCUGCCUUUAAUGAUAUGGUUUAGCACUCUGGGUAGUUCCUGAAACCCAGGCUGGAUUCAGUCUUCCAUUAAUGCUGGAGCCAACAAUCAUACUGGACUCCCAUGCCACUGAAAACAUUUUACCAUUCCACAAAAGUUAAAUCUCUUGAAUAAACUACUCCCCAUCUCUUCAAGCUGUGUUUUAUGCCAUUCUACAAUGUUUGUUCAGUUGCCUAGCCUCCAAGGCCAGAUUUGUUAAUUGCUAUUUUUGAUCCCUGCUGAAAUAUAUAUGAAAUAUCAUUUUUUUCACAGUUCCUUGAUUAAUAUUUUCUUGGAACUACAGAAGUUUCUCGUCACUGUUCCUGUAUGAAUCUAAAUGAGGGAGACUGUAUGCAACAGAUUGGUUGAUAGAAAGUGUUACUCUAGCUCUACACAAUUUCUGGGUAUCCAGGAGAAAUUGAUCUGCCUAUGCAUCUAAACAAAAUUUCAACCUCACACAGAGAACUUCUAUUAGGUUUAUACUUCACUGGCUUUACAGUCUCAGCUUGAAGGCACUAGAAUGCACAUCCCACAACUAAUAAGUCAUCAUGGGUUAACAGGGAUAGGAAGUUCCAUGUGUCACCCCGUCUGUGCACUUCCUUUGUCAUCCUUGACUUCAUGUAACUCGUUUAUGAAAGUUCUGAACACUUCAUUCCGUAAAAAUUGCAAAAUAAUAUAUGAUAGCACAAAUGGAAUUUAUGCUGCAUAUGAUCAACAAAGGUCCAGUUGCUAUUCUGGAAAACAUUAAUUUUGUGUAGUCUUUUAAAAGGUUGUUAGUGGGGAAAAAAUGGAACUGAUAUGGUAAAGGCAAGGGCCAAGAUCCUACAACUUGAUUGCAUAGCAUAAUCUAUAGAAUUAGGUGGAGGUUGCACCAUGUCACAAUUAGGCUCCUGUCGAAUGGAAGUUGUAAUUUCAUUCAUUCUUGUAGAUGACUGCAUAUAUUUCAUUUGUGAACUGAAAAAUGCUCUGUGAUGAUCAUUAUUUAUUAUGGCUUUUGUCUCAUUGGAACCCCAUGUUGAAAUUGCUUGUUUAGUUAAUUGUUCUUUUUAUUGUUUUAUUGAUUCUGAAUGCUUUGUUAUAAUAAAGGAUACAUUUUCAAUGAUAUGCUUUUCUAGUAUUAUUGUUUUAAUCAGAAAUAUUUAACAUGCUUAUUCAUGGUUCAAUUUUGUUCUAAACGUAGAAGGAAACACCUUAGAUGGGAGGGGGAAUGGAAGCAAUGACUUGUGAUCAGUUGAGUUGGACUCCUGGGAGUAAAAUCCCAGGAAGCCAAAUCAGCCUUAAAUGAUGCUCUUUCUUGGCACCUUGCAAAGCAAGCAAAGCAAAGCAGAGAUUCUUCGCAUUUCAUGUGGCUCAAAAUGUUUCAAGGAAAAGAUGAAUGACCUCACCUACCAAUGUGUCCGGGUAAGUUUGAUUUUGAUGUAUUCUUUGCUACUUUCUAUUUGUCUGCCUGAUAGUUUUCCAUCCACCCAUCCACCCACCCAUCAUAUCUAUUAUAAGGAAAUAAUAGAUUGCUUUUCUGAUUCCCUCCUGCAGUGGCACAAAUAGAAUAAUACUAGGAUUUUGUUUUUCUGUUUGUUAAAAUAUUUUCAUAUGCACUCUUAUAUGCUGAAAACAUUAAAAUGAAGAGAGAUAUAUCAUCUUUUUGCUAUGUGGUUUAAAUAUUCCGUGGCCCUUUUGUAUUUUCUAAACCAAGAUAUAGAUAUCAUUGUAAUCAGUCAAUUUUCACAUAAUGGACUGUCCAUUUAGUGGGGAAAUGUAUAUAUUGUCUGAUAAUAGAAGAAUGGGAAUAAAUCAGAUUGCAACUCAUCUCCCCUUACUUUUAUGUAUUGGCUAAUUUUUCUUCAUUAUCAAAACAAAGCAGGAAAUUUGGUCACAUUCUUUUAGCAGCCUACUAAACAAUGACCUAGAGCAGUGGUUCUCAACCUGUGGGUCCCCAGGUGUUUUGGCCUACAACGUGCAGAAAUCCCAGCCAGUUUACCAGCUGUUAGGAUUUCUGGGAGUUGUAUGUCAAAACACCUGGCAACCGACAGGUUGAGAACCACUGACCUAGAAGGUUAUCUAUAUCUAACAAUGGCAUUUGCUAUUUGUUGAACUUCAAACAAAACAACUAUACACUAGAUUAGUAUUCUUCAUGCACUAUUGAAGGUAUGUUGAUAGCAUGAAAUCAUUCCAACACAAAGCACCAAAAUACUUUCUGAGUUCCCACCUCUAAUAUUAAACGUAUGUAAUCCUAUAUUGUGACAGAAGUUAUUGGCAAGCAACAGCUGCAUCUUUUGUGCCCAAGAAAACCAGAGUAUAUUCACGAAUCUAGAAGUGAUUUUAUGUCACAUAGCCUUACAAUCCAGGCUAGAGAUUUCUUAGAUGUAAACAUUAGAAAUAUGUCUGUUCUGGUUGUGGCUGCAGUCUACCUGUAAUCUUGGUUCAUAUUGUAUGUGGUUGCUAUAGGAAUUACAACACAGGACUAUGGUCAUAACAUUUGUUAGAAAAUUAACAUAAAAAUCAUUACCCAAAUGAAGUAGCAAAAAUAUCACUCUCCAAGAAAAAAGAGUUUAUUAAAAUUGAAAUGGCUAAUAUUCCAAAGUAGUAGUUUAACUAUUUUUUUAAUCCUCAUCCUACAGGAAAUAUCAAGAUACCGAAAACAGCAUGAGUAACUUUACUUCCACAUCCUCUUUUCUGUUGCUGGAAUUCUCAGAUAUGAGAGAACUACAAAUCUUAUCCUUUUUUGUCUUCCUAGCAUUCUACUUGACUGCAUUAAUAGGCAACUUUCUCAUUAUCACUGUAGUUGCAGUUGAUUCCCACCUUCACAUUCCCAUGUACUACCUCCUAUUUGAUUUGGCCAUGUUGGACAUUGGAUCAAUUUCUGUCAUGGUGCCCAAGGCUAUGGCUAUGUCUCUUAAGAAUGAUAGGUCAAUUACUUAUGCUGGCUGUGUUGCUCAGGUUUUCUUUUAUAUUUUCUUUGGAGCCUCAGGUUAUAGUGUCCUAACUAUUAUGGCUCACGAUCGCUAUGUUGCAAUCUGCCACCCUCUCCACUAUGAGAGAAUCAUGCACAAAGGAGCCUGCCUACAGAUGGUAGCCACUGGGCUGAUUGCUAGUCUUAUUUAUGCCAUAUUACACACCUGUGGCACCUUUGCAAAUCCUUUCUGUUCCAAUAUUGUCAAUCAGUUCUUCUGUGAAAUUCCACAAUUAAUAAAGUUGUCCUGCUCAGGCCUUUCUUUAAUGGAAACUGGGGUUCUUAUCCUGUCAUUUAGUAUAGCAUUAGGGUGCCUUAUCUUCAUCAUCAGAUCAUAUGUACAGGUCUUUGUUGUUGUGCUUCGAAUUCCUUCUUCACAAGGUCAGAAGAAAGCCCUCUCCACUUGUGUUCCCCACCUCACAGUUGUCACAAUGUUGGUAGCCAGUGGGGUCCUCGCCUACGCAAGGUCUAUUGCUGACUCUUCUAAUUUGGAUACAGUUUUGGCCAUGAUAUAUACCAUAAUUCCUCCUAUGUCAAAUCCAUUCAUCUAUAGUGUUAGAAACAAAGAGGUCAAGACUGCUUUAAGAAAUCUGUUACAUGCUGCCUUUUCCUUUUAAAACAUAGUUAAAGUUGUUACUUGAGAAUUGAGUUGCAUGAUCUUUCAGAUCUUAAUAUUUCCCUCUGAACCUUUAACCCUACACUUCUCAUGUACUUUGUCCUCUCACACAGGUUGGGGUCUACUUUUUUCUUUUGUGUCAUUUCUUUGAGCCUUAUUUAUCAGAAAGAAUAUAAUUUGAUAGAACGUUUUCACCCAGAGAUAGUAAAUACUGUUGGUUGCUUGUAUAUUCCCAGGUCUUCCUUGAUUUUCUAUAAACAGCCUGGGGUCAACAGGAGUGGCUACUCCUUGCGGUCCCAGCAUAUGGCUACUCAGUGCUUGUAGAAGUGUGCCCAGAUCCAUUUAUUGCAACUUGAGGAAAUCAUUCAGUUUGAGGCUACUCUAUCUUCCCAGUUUCAUUGCUGGGAUGAGGAAUGUUACUUGAAUAGAUACCUCUUUCAGCAGUUUUCCUCAAUGUACUUUGUAUAUAUAAAGGAUGUGGUAACUGGGAAGCACCCUAUGAACUCUAUACAAGAAACUUGAGAUGCUUCUCAAAGUGUUCCAAAGAUAAUUAUUUUACAGGUUAAAAUUAAGAAAAACA